AUGGGAAAGUGGAGAUAUGGUGUAGUCCUGGACGCUGGGUCCUCUGGGACGCGCGUCCACGUCUACCGCUGGCUGAACCACAACGCAGCCCGUGACAAGGCCACUGAUGCUCAGUUACACAGUCUGCCCGUCAUAGAGACGGACAAGAAGUGGACUAAGAAGAUUCAUCCCGGCAUCUCUACCUUUGGCGAAAACCCUCACCGCGUCGGUCCAGAUCAUCUUGAAAAACUCCUCAGCCAUGCGCUCAAACACAUACCUGUCGAUCAAGUCCCGAAUACCCCUCUCUUCUUACUUGCCACGGCGGGCAUGCGCAUUCUGCCCGAGUCACAGCGCAAAGAAAUCCUCCAACAAGUUUGCCAAUUUGCCCGAAGCACGACCCAGUUCCAGUUACCCGAUUGCGAUGUACAUAUCCAGGUUAUACCAGGAGAGACCGAAGGCCUGUAUGGUUGGAUAGCAGCAAAUUACCUGCUGGGUGGCUUUGACCAGCCAACACUUCAUCAACACGGCAACGGCCACAGCACAUAUGGUUUCCUAGAUAUGGGAGGUGCAUCGGCACAGAUCGCUUUCGCGCCAAAUGCCACCGAAGCCGAGAAGCACGCUGACGACCUGACCCUUUUACGACUACGAACAUUGGAUGGGACGCCGCUGGAGCACAAAGUCUUUGUUACCACAUGGCUGGGUUUUGGUGUUAAUCAAGCGCGCGAACGAUAUAUAAAGGCACUGUUGGACUCCAGUACUGAAAAGGAACUCCCAGACCCUUGCCUGCCCGCAGGCCUUAAGCUGGAGGUCACGCACGAGGGCAAGUUCAUUGACUCGGACUCGGACGAUGAUGACGAUGAUGGACCGAAAUCAAAGGCGGCAGCAGAACUCGUAGGAACCGGAAAAUUCCCGGAAUGUUUGCGCCAAACCUAUCCGUUGUUGGAGAAGGAAAAGAAAUGCACAAACUCGCCAUGCCUGAUUAACGGUCAACAUGUACCCGCUAUCGAUUUCAAGGUCAAUCACUUUGUAGGUGUUUCCGAAUACUGGCACACGACCCACGAAAUCUUCGAGCACGGACACAAGGACAAGGCCUAUGAUCUGACGACCUAUCAAGAGCGCGUAAACCAAUUUUGCAGUCAAGACUGGAAGAGUAUUGAAAAAGGCAUCAAGAAGGAGAAAUGGGGUAAAAAGGUUGAUCAAGACAAAGCACGUGAAGUCUGCUUCAAGGCAUCUUGGAUCAUCAGUAUGCUACAUGACGGCAUUGGCGUGCCUAGGGUCGGAAUAGAGGGCCUAGACGACAGCCAAAAUACCACCAAAGCCGUACUCGACAAUGCCAAGGCAAAAGGGUUCACCGACCCUUUCCAGGCAGUCAACAAGAUCAACGACAUAGAACUCAGCUGGACACUUGGAAAAAUGGUCCUCUACGCUUCUAGUGAGAUCCCACCGCCUUCUGAGGAAGCACUUGCUGUGGGCUUUGGUUCCAACGCUCUCGGCAUACCUGCAGACUUCCAGUAUCCAGGUGGUACCCCCAAGGCGUACGAAUCAGAGAGCAACUGGCAUCGCCUCUUUGUCGAGCAUCCUCAACAGAUACCAGGCUUCUUUAUCAUGAUUUUUAUCAUUGUUGUCAUCUUUUGCUUGAUUCUGGGUAAAGAGCGGAGGAGUGCGGUCAAACAGUCGAUAAGCAGGAUUUUCAACAGCAAACAAGGCAAAGACCCCUUGCACCGUCGCCGCGGCCGCAGUUUUCCAGCCAAAUUCUUUGGUUUUGGCGGUUCGUCAUCAGCGAACCAACAGCCGUACGAGCGUGUGGAUUUGGAAGACGGUGAAUUGGCCAAUGAGUUUGAGCUUGAAGAAACUCACCUUGACUCGAGCGAUAAUGAACUCUCUGAUUCUUCCGAGGAAUCCAAACUAGGCCGGACCAGCGGAUGGGCUACGCCACAAAUCAAGACGGAACCCGUGAGUGCGCCGAGCUACUUUGGUAGCACGACUGGCGAACUGGCGAGGGAUGGCAUGGGUCUGGGUCUUGGCCUACCAGGAGGUGCGUUUGAACUUAGCCGCACCGUCAGUCGUGAGAGAAUCAAGAGUCGAACGAGUAGUCCUAAAAGGGCUAAGAGUACAAUGAGUAAACUUGACGAGUAA